CAGAUGCCGCAGGUUCUGGACAACCAUUCCCAGGGGAUUGAUCUACAUUACUGGGGUCUGGUUCUGAAGGGAGCAUCAGAAAAGAUCCAAGUUCUGCUUAAACGAGAGAGCUCUCAGGAACUCCUCAAGGUGGUCUCCUCUCUGUUCCAAGCUGGAGGGCCCUCUUCCUUCACUCAGUUAAUGACAGGGGUGUCAAGUCUCUUCUGCGGAUACCCAGAGGGAGGGGGUUCCAGGGUCCUAUCAUUCAACUGGUAUGAAGACAACAACUACAAGGUGUUCCUGGGGGUCAAUGGUAGCAAGAACCACAACCACGUCUAUGAUCACACUACAACUCCGUUUUGCAAUUCCCUGAUGCAGACCCUGGAGUCCAACCCUGUCACAAAGAUUGUAUGGAAUUCAGUCAAGCCCCUGCUGAUGGGAAAGAUCCUGUACACACCCGACUCCCCGGUCGUCCGAAAGAUAUUAAAGAGCGCUAAUACAACAUUUGAGGAGCUGGAGAGGCUGAGGAACAUGGCCAAGGCCUGGGAAGAGGUGGGACCUCAGCUCUGGGCGUUCUUCCACAACAGCAUCCAGAUGAACAUGAUCAGGGAUACACUGAGGAAUCCUACAGUGAUGACCUUUCUGGACGAUAAUCUUCAGGAAGGCGAGUUUAAAACUAAAGAUAUUCUCAACUUCCUGGACAACGGUCCAGAGGAGAAACGGGAGGAGGGAAUGCCCAACUUUGACUGGAGGAAUAUUUUUAAUAUUACCGAUCAAAUCAUACGCAUGUUCAACCAAUAUGGAGAGUGCAUCAGUCUAGAUAAGUUUGUGGCUUACACCGAUGAGUCCCAGAUGAUUCAUCAGGCCCUGUACCUGCUGGAGGAGAACAAGUUCUGGGCAGGUGUGGUUUUCAUGGACAUGUAUCCAUGGACCACGAGUGUUCCUCCCCAUGUCAAAUACAAGAUCCGCAUGGACAUAGAUGCAGUUGAGCGGACUAACAAGAUCAAAGACAGGUACUGGGAUCCCGGUCCCAGAGCAGACCCCAUGGAGGACCAGAGGUACCUAUGGGGGGGGUUUGCAUACCUGCAGGAUAUGAUUGAACAUGGGAUCAUCAAGCUUCACACUGGAAAUGAUUGGCCUCUUGGGGUCUACGUCCAACAGAUGCCAUAUCCUUGCUAUGUAGAUGACCUAUUUAUGAUCACAUUAAACCGCUGCUUCCCCAUGUUCAUGGUGCUGGCCUGGAUCUACUCUGUCUCCAUGACUGUGAAGAGCAUCGUCUUAGAGAAGGAGCUGCGCCUCAAAGAGACCCUCAAAGCCAUGGGGGUGGACAACGCAGUCAUUUGGUACACCUGGUUCAUUGAUAGCCUCAUCUUGAUGACUGUGAGCACGGCGCUGCUGACAGCCAUCAUUAUGGGUGGGAAGGUGCUGAAUUACAGUGACCCACUCCUUGUCUUCUUCUUCCUGCUGACUUUCACUGUGACCACCAUCAUGCAAUGUUUCCUGAUGAGUGUGUUUUUUAACAAAGCCAACCUAGCUGCUGCCUGCAGCGGAAUCAUCUACUUCACCCUCUACCUGCCUCACAUCCUGUGUUUUGCAUGGCAGGACCGCAUCACCAAGAACAUGAAACUGGCUGCAAGCUUGCUCUCUCCAGUAGCUUUUGGCUUUGGGACGGAGUACCUUUCAAGGUAUGAAGAGCAAGGUUUGGGUCUACAGUGGAGCAACAUUCAGACCAGCCCGUUAGAGAAAGACACUUACUCUUUCCUCACCUCCAUCCUCAUGAUGAUGUUCGAUGCCAUCCUCUACGGAGUCCUGGCUUGGUAUCUGGACAAUGUCUUCCCAGGACAGUACGGCAUUGGUCGACCAUUCUACUUCCCUCUGCAGCCCUCAUACUGGGAGAGACCUACACCUUCGUAUACAGAAAAAGGUGAUCAAGAUUCAAAGAAACCAGAACCAGAGAAUCAGGACCUGGAUGUUGAAGGCAGGGCUACGCCAGAAACUUACACCUCGAAUGGGUCAGCCGGCAAGAAAACCUGCAAACACCAAAGUAAGAGAGAACGCUUGGAGAGAGAAAGGGAGCUGCUGAAGGAACAAGAGCAAAAUCCAAAGCAGGAGGAGGAGGAGGCUCAGAAUGCUGAGAAUGAAGGUCAGCUGUUCUUUGAGCCGGACCCGAUUGGCCUGGUUUUGGGUGUCCAAAUUCAGGAUCUGGUCAAGGUGUUUGAUGGCAGAUCUCGGCCAGCUGUGAACUGCCUAAGCAUCAGUUUCUAUGAAGGGCAGAUCACGUCCUUCCUGGGCCACAAUGGGGCAGGAAAAACAACAACAUUGUCGAUUCUGACAGGUCUCUACCCUCCCACAUCCGGCACGGCCUACAUCAAUGGUAGAGACAUUAAAACAGACAUAGAUAUCAUCCGCACUUCUAUGGGAAUGUGCCCUCAAUACAACAUCCUUUUCAAUCAUCUCACAGUGGAGGAGCACAUCCUGUUCUACUCACUGCUAAAGGGUCGGACGCAAGAAGAGGCUCAGACAGAGGUUGAGAAUAUGCUUUUGGACCUUGGACUACCUCACAAGAGAGACGAGGAGGCUCAGAACCUUUCAGGUGGCAUGCAAAGGAAACUGUCUGUUGCCAUGGCAUUUGUUGGAGGAUCGAAGGUCGUCAUCCUAGAUGAACCAACCUCAGGGGUGGACCCUUACUCUAGAAGAUCCAUCUGGGAUCUUCUGCUGAAAUAUAGAACAGGUCGCACUGUGAUUCUGUCCACACAUCACAUGGAUGAGGCCGACCUGCUGAGCGACCGCAUCGCCAUCAUUUCCAAAGGACAGCUUUGCUGCUCGGGGUCUCCUCUUUUCCUCAAAAACUGUUUCGGAGUUGGCUUUUAUCUGACACUUGUACGCCGUUUAAAGGACAUCAGGAAGCGGGAGAAUGAAUGCGAUUGUGCUUCAGACUGCUCGUGCUCCUGCUCCCUGUGCACCAAAUACAAAGAUCAGUCCCAGAAUCUGCUCCAGCAGCAAGACAGAGUUCUGGAGGGGGAUAUCGACAGCAUCACCAGUCUUAUUCACCAUCAUGUUCCUGAGGCCAAACUUAUAGAGACCAUUGGGCAGGAGUUGACAUAUUUGCUCCCUAAUAAAGGCUUCAAGCAUAGAGCCUAUGCCAGUCUGUUUCGGGAGCUGGAGGAGACGCUCGCUGAUAUGGGUCUGAGCAGCUUUGGCAUCUCUGAUACAUCCUUAGAGGAGAUAUUUCUAAAGGUCACAGCCGAUGGAGAAGCAGCAAAUAAUGCCACCACUGCUGAACAUAUUGGUGUAAAUGGGACUGCAUCUGACAGCAGUGCAGGGAGGGGCUCCAGACAGGUGAAAGGCUCUGCACUGAUCCUGAAGCAGUUCUAUGCUUUACUAGUGAAGAGAUUCCAUCACGCCACAAGAAGCAGAAAAGACUUCUUGGCACAGAUUGUGCUUCCUGCAACCUUUGUCCUGGUCUCUCUUAUCUUCACGCUGAUUGUUCCUCCAUUUGGAGAGUAUCCAAGCCUAACUCUGACACCCUGGAUGUAUGGACAACAGUUCACCUUCUUCAGCAAUGAGCGUCCAUUUGAUCCCAGAAUGAGGCACUUUACAGAUCGCUUGUUAAACAUGCCGGGCCUUGGAACACGAUGCAUGCUGGAAGAACUGUCAGGGAUUUUCUGCAACUCCAGUGCCUCAGAUUGGGAGCAACCUGAUGUCUCCCCUGUUGUCCGGAACAUCUUACAGAGUCCUGCAUGGAACCAGCGUAACCCUUCGCCUUCUUGCCAGUGUAGUACUGGAAAGAAGCUAACUAUGAUGCCCAUCUGUCCUGCUGGGGCAGGAGGCUUUCCUCCUCGGCAGCGGGUGCAGGCCACUGGAGAUAUCCUGCUGGAUUUGACCGACAGGAAUAUUUCUGACUAUCUGGUCAAAACGUAUCCCAAUCUCAUCAGAACCAGCUUAAAGAGCAAAUACUGGGUAAAUGAACAAAGGUAUGGAGGCCUCUCUGUAGGAGGACAACUUCCUAUUCUUAACGUGGAACCUAAAGACAUCCAAAAUGUUUUUCAUCAACUGGGACGGAUGUUCAACAUAACAGGGGGUCAUUACAGCAGACUUGCACUGAGGGAGAUCGGUACGUUCUUACAUUUUAUGGAGAGUGAGUUUAAUGUGAAGGUGUGGUAUAAUAACAAAGGCUGGCACGCCAUGGUGGCAUUCAUGAAUGUGGCCAACAAUGCCAUUCUGCGAGCCUUCCUCCCUUCAUUUGCCAACCCUUUUGAGUAUGGCAUCACCGCCAUCAACCACCCUCUAAAUCUCACCAAAGAGCAGCUUUCUGAAGUCACAGUGUUGACUACUUCUGUGGAUGCUGUUGUUGCGAUUUGUGUCAUUUUCGCCAUGUCCUUCAUCCCCGCUGGCUUUGUCCUCUACCUCAUUCAGGAGAGAGUGACUAAAGCCAAGCACCUGCAGUUUGUCAGUGGAGUAAGUCCUUUAGUGUACUGGGUGGCUAACUUCUUCUGGGACAUGAUGAAUUACUUUCUCAGCACUGCAAUGGUGGUUGGAAUUUUUAUGGCUUUUGAUAAAAAGUGUUACACAUCCCCAACGAACCUUCCAGCAUUAAUAGGUCUUCUUCUCCUUUAUGGGUGGUCGGUGACACCUAUGAUGUAUCCAAUGUCCUACAUAUUCAACAUCCCAAGCACAGCAUACGUGUCUCUGUCCUGCAUCAAUCUGUUUAUUGGCAUCAACAGCAGUGCUAUCACUUUCAUUCUGGAACUGUUUGAAAAUAAUCGGUCUCUGCUGACGUUUAACGAGUGGCUGAAGAAAUGGCUUCUGGUGUUCCCUCACUUCUGCCUGGGGCGAGGACUGAUAGACAUGGCCAUGAAUCAGGCUGUUACAGAUGUCUAUGCCAGGUUUGGCGAAGAGUACACAAUGGAUCCUUUCCGGUGGGACUUUGUUGGAAAAAACAUCUUUUCCAUGUUAGUGGAGGGCUUCCUGUAUUUUAUUCUCAAUCUGCUGAUCCAGUAUCGUUUUUUCUUGGAUCACUGGUUACCAGACUACAAGCAAAGUGUAGUACCAGAUGAGGAUGAUGAUGUUGCAGAAGAGAGGCGGAGGAUUUAUGAGGGAGGUAGCAAGAAAGACAUCCUGCAGAUCAAAGAUCUCUCAAAGACGUAUGUGGGCAGAAAGAGGGCAGCUGUGGACCGGAUUUGUGUGGGAGUCCCUGCAGGCGAGUGUUUUGGUCUUCUAGGAGUUAAUGGAGCUGGAAAGACAACAACCUUCAAAAUGCUGACAGGUGACACUGAUGUCAGCUUCGGAGAGGCUACUGUGACUGGUUACAGCAUCCUGACAGAGAUACUUGAUGUGCACCAGAAUAUGGGCUACUGCCCCCAGUUUGACGCCAUUGAUGAGCUCCUUACCGGCAGGGAGCAUCUCUACCUUUACGCUCGCCUCAGAGGGGUGCCUGAGUCAGAGAUCCCCAGAGUGGCAGAGUGGGGCAUCCAGAAGCUGGGUCUGACAGAAUAUGCUGGCUGCAGUGCAGGAUCUUACAGUGGAGGCAACAAGCGGAAACUGUCCACAGCUAUCGCAAUGAUUGGCUGCCCUGCGCUGGUCCUGCUUGAUGAGCCGACGACUGGGAUGGAUCCGCACUCUCGACGCUUUUUGUGGAAUGCCAUUAUGAGUGUUAUUCAGGAUGGCAGGGCCGUGGUGCUAACAUCACACAGUAUGGAGGAGUGUGAAGCUCUGUGCACUCGACUGGCUAUCAUGGUUAACGGGACCUUUAAGUGUCUUGGUACCAUCCAGCAUCUCAAAUACAAAUUUGGCGACGGAUAUGUUGUAACAAUGAAAAUCAAGGCAGCUAAAGCAGGCUUGUCUCCAGAGCUGGAGCCUGUGGAGAGCUUUAUGGAGAGCUCCUUCCCUGGCUGUGUUCAGCGGGAGAAGCACUACAACACACUGCAAUAUGAAAUUGCCUCAUCCUCCCUAGCGAGGAUAUUCCAGCUGGUUGUGGCCAAUAAAGAUAGGCUAAGCAUUGAAGACUACUCUGUUUCCCAGACAACACUGGAUCAGGUGUUUGUUAAUUUUGCCAAGCAGCAGACGGGAGAGGACGAGGAUGGAACGCUGCACAAACUAACAACAAGAAAAGACAUGAAGAUCUCGCCUGUAAAAAGGAAAUGAUGAACAGACAUGUCUACAUUUUUAGAUAAACACAGAGGGAUUAUCCUGCAAAGCACUGAUUAUGAUACACAUCCCAAAAUCCAGCAACCUCUUAUAAAACUUUUGAUAACUAAGGUAUUGAUGAGUUAGUGAGGCUAUUCACCUGCCAAGCUGGUUUCUGCAGCCACAGCUAAACUUCAAAUGCCUUUGGCUCUUGAUGAUGAUUAAUUUGACCUGAUACUCUACCAAGCAUGUGUGACUCAUGAUUCUGACUUAAAGUAAUGUGCGCAGAACCACAGAGACUGAUAUAAACGCAAACAAAAUUGCUCAUCAGACUGAUGGGCUGUUUAAAUAUGUACAUAUUGUAUGAGUUAUGAAUUAUUGAGCUCCCUAGACAUUUUUGUCUAUAUUAUAACACACAACUCUAUUUUACUAGGCAUAUUUACAUUAAAUAUUUAUUUGUUCUCAGAC